AUGGGAACCAAAUGUAACAAACUAAUUGUCAUAGAUGUUGUUACUGGUCGAAUGUUUGAUAUUCCCAUGUUGAAAAGCAGUCACUUGAGCAUUGCACCAGAUCCCUGUGGAAUUCACAGUAUUGAAAUCAACCCAUCUCGGACUUAUCUGGCUACUGGAGCCCACAAUACUAAUGAUUUAGCUGUCUAUAAAUUACCAACAUUUGAUCCAAUUUGUGUAGGAGAAUUUGGACACACUGACUGGAUAUUUGAUAUGACAUGGCUUUCUGAUGAUGUUAUUGUUACAGGUUCCAGAGACAGCACCAUUGCCCUAUGGAGGAUAAAUGAAAAAGAAUUGGAUACAAGCUAUGAAUUGCCUCCCAGAUAUUCUCAUAUAAGGCCUUAUUGUAUCAAGAAGUGUGGUCUAGCAGAAAAAAUCAGAUCUUUUUCUUACUGCAAAAAACGACAGGAACUUGCUUUGGUUUCCUUAAAUGAAUACUUCCAAACCUGGGACAUGAGCAGUACUGAACAGGUAAUGUCACUGUGCACCAUCAUAGAGGUCAACAUUAGCCUCUACUACAGCCUCUUGGGCGUCCCCCCCAGGAAGCGGCGUGCACACAAACUGCAGCCCGAGCGAGAGCUGUCUGCUAAGGCUAUUCAGGUUUUACAGCUAUCUUUACCGAAUUUCCGGGAACCAGUCUGCAUGACCUACUGCAAUGAAAGGCAAGUCUAUGCAAUUGGAUCACAGGCUCAUGUUACUCUUAUUGAUACCAGACUUCCACAAGAAGUAGCAAACAUAGAGUCAAAGGAAGGAAGUUCAGGUAUUCGAUCCAUCAGCUUUCAUCAUGAUGUCAUCACACUGGGAACAGGACUUAGUGUCAUCAUUUUCCUAGAUAUGCGGACCCGAAAAUAUCUGGAGACUCCAAUGAAGAAACAUUGUCAGUUGAUUGUUGGUGAGGGAUGGAUGAAUAAAGAUACCAACUCACCUCUAAUGCAUGAAACCUAUUUGAAUUCAAUCUACACUCACAAUUAUGAUGAUACAGGUACUAGACUGUUUACAGCUGGAGGGCCAAUGCCAUCAGAUGUACAAGGAAACUAUGCAGGAUUUUGGUCUUAA